AUGCUGCAUAAACCAGGGCGCGCUGAGAGGCUGAGACCCCCGCUCCUGCCCACACAUGCACCCGCGCCUGGACCCCCGCGGGGCCGCUGGAGGAGCGCCUUCCCUGGGCUCAAUCCGUGGAAGCGUCGUGUGAGCGGAGAGCGAGGGGCCGGGCUGUUCUCCGCCUCUCCUCCUCCCGCGACCAGCCCCUCUCUGCUCCGCGGACACGGGCUGGAGGUCGCAGACACGAACACUGCCGUGUGUCGGAUUUCAACUGUUUCUCAUGCACUGGAGCCGCGCAGCAGAGCCAUCCCGGAGCAGAGUUGGAUUGUGCACAGUUCACAGUGA